AAGUGGUUGCCGGCGCUCGCGGGAGAGGGCCCGGAAGUAUGGAAAGGGAAAGCGGGGUCUUGACUGUCUGUUUUUUUUAGUCAUUUGGCUUUGUGAGACCUUUUAUAAAUUGGACCCAGGCUGAUUGUAGAUAUGAGUUCUACCACUUCCAGAGAUGAAGAGGAAGAAGACACAUUUAAAAUUUUAGUUGCUACAGACAUUCACCUUGGAUAUUUGGAGAAGGAUGCUUGUCGUGGAAAUGAUACUUUUGUUACCUUGGAUGAAAUAUUGAAACUUGCUCAAGAGAACGAGGUGGACUUCAUUUUAUUAGGUGGAGAUCUCUUUCAUGAAAACAAGCCUUCCCGGAAAACAAUAUAUACAUGUUUAGAACUACUAAGAAGAUAUUGCAUGGGUGACCGCCCUGUACAAUUUGAAAUUCUUAGUGACCAGUCAGUUAAUUUUGGCUUUAGCAAGUUUCCAUGGGUGAACUAUCAAGAUGAAAAUCUCAACAUUUCUAUUCCAGUUUUUAGUAUUCAUGGCAACCAUGAUGAUCCCACAGGGGCAGAUGGUCUUUGUGCUUUGGACAUUUUAACUUGUGCAGGACUUAUUAAUCAUUUUGGACGUUCACCAUCUGUAGAGAAAAUAGAAAUUAGUCCUAUUUUGCUUCAGAAAGGAAAUUCAAAGAUUGCUCUUUAUGGAUUAGGAUCUGUUCCCGAUGAAAGGCUACAUCGGAUGUUUGUGAAUAAACAAGUAACCAUGUUGAGGCCGAAAGAAGAUGAAGAUAGAUGGUUUAAUCUCUUUGUAAUUCAUCAGAACAGGAGUAAACAUGGAGCCACAAAUUAUAUUCCAGAACAGUUUCUAGAUGACUUCAUUGACCUUGUAAUUUGGGGUCACGAACAUGAAUGUAAAAUAUCUCCAAUCAGAAACGAGCAGCAACUUUUCUAUAUUUCUCAGCCAGGAAGUUCAGUGGUUACAUCUUUGUCACCAGGAGAAACCGUCAAAAAACACGUUGGCUUGUUGCACAUCAAAGACAAAAAAAUGAAGAUGCAGAAGAUUCCUCUCCAGACCGUACGGCCUUUCUACCUUGAAGACCUUGUUCUGGCUGACUAUCCGGAUUUUUUUCUCCCAGACAACCCAAAAGUCACACAAGUAAUACAAGAUUUCUGCAUGGAGAAGGUUGAAAUGAUGCUGGAAAACGCAGAAAGACACCGUCUGGGAAAUUCCAAACAACCAGAGAAGCCUCUGAUAAGAUUACGAGUAGAUUACAGCGGAGGCUUCGAACCAUUCAGUAUGGUUCGUUUCAGCCAGAAAUACAUGGAUAAAGUGGCUAAUCCAAAAGAUAUCAUACAUUUUUUCAGGCAUCGGGAACAAAAAGAGAAAAAUGAAGAUGAAGUUAACUUCAGAAAACUGGUCCACAAGCCUACAGCUGAGGGAACAACCCUGCGGGUGGAGGAUUUAGUAAAGCAAUAUUUCCAAACAGCAGAAAAGAAAGUGCAGCUUUCUCUUCUGACUGAGAGAGGCAUGGGGGAAGCCGUGCAAGAAUUUGUGGACAAGGAGGAGAAGGACGCUAUUGAAGAACUAGUGAAGUUCCAGUUAGAAAAGACCCAGAGAUUUCUGAAGGAGCGGCGUAUAGAUGCAGAAGAAGCCAAAAUUGACGAAGAGGUUCAGCGCUUCAGAGAAUCGAGAAAAAAGAACACGGUGGAAGAGGACGAAGAAGUCCGUGAGGCUAUCAACAGGGCCAAAGCCAGAUCUCAAGAGACCAAUCGUGCUUCGGUGAUGAGUGAUGACGACCUCAUGGAUGUGGCCACCUCUAACCAAAGAUUCAAUGAUGAAUCGGACGACUCUUUAGCUCCCAGCCGGGGUAGACAGAGAGGUCGGGCGAGAGGCAGAGGACAGAACGUCUCAGCCAGGGGGUCAUCUCGGCGAGGAAGAGGAAGUGCUGCCCGUGACCAGACAGGCAGCAGCAGAACGUAUAAGCCUCUCACUCCUACGAAAAAUAUGUCGAUUUUGGAUGCAUUUAAGUCGUCCAGACAGCAGCCCUCCCGAAACACGCCUGUCAGGAAUUACUCAGAGGUGAUUGAAGACGAUGAUUCUGAUAUGGAGGUGUCUUUUACCACUUCCUCUACAAAUCAAAGAUUACCAACCACCUCAACGCAAAGCCAGAGGAAUUCUCAGAGCCAAACGUCAAAAGGUGUUUCCUUUGAAUCAGAUGAGGAUGAAUUAUUUGUUUCCACUUCGAGAAAAAAAAGAUGAUAACCUCCGCAUCCAAAGCAUGGAAGGAAAGUGCAAAAAUGACUUCUCCAAAUUCUGCAAAGGAGACCUGAGAUGUUGGCACCUUGUUCUCCAUAAUUUUACUGUAUUGUCUAGAAACUGAUGGCUUCCUUGAAGAAGACUUAUUCUGAAUCUGCAGUGCCAUCAGACGUGCACAAAUAUCCUGCUAAAUCGUAGGAUUCAGAGUUCACUUGAGGGGAAAUGUGUAAAAAGGAAUAUUCCCCCUUAGGGGUGGCAGUUUUCACUGAGGUCUUCUUACCUUGUGACUCUUACAAUCUGUCCAGGAGUGUGAAGUUAGGAAAAUUCUGGAGCUGUGUGGGAGAAAAGAGAAUUCAGGAAAAACGGUCCCUCAUUUCUCCGAACAAGGAGUCACCAAACUCCAGUCACUUCCCUACUCAGAGCAACAUCAGACCUGAAUGGAGGUAGCAGUUUUUGUAUCCAAACUUAAAGGCAAAGGAAAUGUGUCACAGCAUUUCUUUCAGAGGGCUCUUUUAUCUCCCGUGAUUUUUUUUUCAUUUUACAAAGGAAUAAAUUAGAAUUGGUUGGGUGAGAGAACGAACUCCAUUCCUGCAUUCCGUGUUUUACAAGUUUCCAACUUUCAUAAAAGAGGCAAUACCCAGAAUCAAAACUGAUUAUGCAAAUCAGUGAUUCGAUGGAAUUAUAUGCAGCUUGAUUGAUUGACAU